CACGGCAAUGUUAUAGUGCAUGUUUGUUUGUUGCCGGAACCGGUUCGAAUCGAAUUUUUUACGCUUGACGUUCGCGUUCUAUGAAGCUUAAGAUUUCAGUUGAAGCACCAUUUGUGAGUUGUUGUUAUAAGCAAGCAAGCUGAUAGAAGCCAAUACGGUAAAAGAGUACUGAUAGUGAAAUUUAAUGGAAAGUGAAGCGAUUUCCGAAACUUCACAUUGUACAGCUGAUAGUGAACGCCGCCGGCAGGCAAGUAACGCGAAAGCUGGACACGGUUUCCAAAGCGGUUCAUGAUGAUCUGCAGACCAGCUGGCAUAUGUUUUCUGCUGGGCAUCUUUUCGGUGUCAGUGAUGGUGGUAGAUGCCAAAGUGUUCCAGAAGUGUCCACUGGCUAAGCUGCUAGACAGCCAUCAGAUUUCGCGGACGUUGAUUUCGAACUGGAUUUGCCUUGUCAACGCAGAAAGCGGCGGCGACACGUCUAAGAAAGUUGCUCACGAUAAUCUAACUACUAGUUAUGGCAUCUUUCAGAUCAACAGCAAAGAAUGGUGUCGUGUAGGUCGAAAAGGAGGAAAGUGUAAUAAGAAUUGUGAAGCAGCUUUUCUGACGGACGACAUUUCCGACGACAUUGAGUGUGCCAAGAUGAUCCACAAGGAUCAAGGAUUCUCGUACUGGAAGGGAUGGGUCAGCAGGUGCAAACAGAAACCGUUACCGGAUAUCUCAAGCUGUUGGAAUUGAAGGAUUUUGAGAGCAAAGUUGCGGGUUUCUGAAAAAAUAGUUACAAAGUGCAAAAUAGACAUUGCAUGUGAAUUUUUUAUACAAAUAAAACAAUUUGAGAUUGAAGAAUAAAUCUUGUGUAAAAA